AUGUAUUUUCUACAAUCGAUUCUGUUUGUUUUCAUCUGUAAUUUCAUAAUAACGACGUCAUUAUCAUCCCAUCGCUCAAAAUUAGGCAUUUACCAAAGUUUUAUUAGUGAAAUCAGUGCAAUAACAACAGACAUUUGUACAAAUAAUACAAAUGGUGUUCACACAAUUUUGCACGAUUAUUGUUACAUUGGAGGUCAAUGUUACAAUGGUAAUAGCACGAGCAAUAUUUAUGAAUGUUUAAAAUGUUCACCUGAAAUCAACCAGAUCGAAUGGACAAUUGAUUCAAAAUGUUCAGCCGGUGAUAAAUGCGCUGAUCUAUCAUUUCUCGCGUCGCAUGUUUGUGACAUAUCUGUAAUAACUGCAUUUUAUACCGACCCAGCUAGUGCAACGGUGUCAUAUUAUGAUUUUUACAAUUGUUCAAAAGUAGCCUGUCAGCCAGGCUUCUUUUUCGCUCUAAUACCUAAUGGGAACUCCACUCCAUGGGCAUGCUGUCCCGGCUUUUUUUGUCCCGAGGGUCAAAUAUGUAUGAUACCAUGCCGUCAAUCGGCAUACUGUCCAUCACCAUUGCAACCUUCUGCUGGAUUAUGUAACACAGAUGCUCAGUGUCUUCCAAGUGGUGGACCUGAGAACUUUGAACUACUCGGCUGUGGCGGUUCCGCAUCUGAAGGUUUUUGUCCCGCUGGUUACUAUUGUCCAAAUGCGAGCACACGAAUUUCAUGCGAAAAUCAACCAUCUCGUUAUUGUCCAUCAGGUGUUACUGAGCCUAUCAACUGUCCGUUUGGUUUCAUCUGUCCUAAUGGGACAUUAGACAAUGACACUAUAUGGACGAUAGCUAUGUGCGUCGUAAUGGUACUACUAGGUAUUCUAAUCGUAAUUCAAAUUUGUUUCACGCUUGGUUUGUCGUGCGAAUGUGUGAAAAAAGGAGCCAUUAGAAUUAGACACUCUCACUGCUGCAGGUGUCCGAAAAAACGAGCAGACAAGUAUAGAGCAAAUAAUAUUGCCACUAUCAAUAUUGAAAAUAUUCAGCCAAGCGGCUAUUUCCUAAGAGAUAAAUCGGAAAGAGCUGGAAUGAGCAUUAAAUUGCAUGAUGUUUGUCUGAACAUACCUAAAUGGAAAGAUCAGCAAGGUUUUACAUUUACUAUAUCGCCAGGUAGAAUAAACGCCAUUAUGGGACAGUCCGGCUGUGGUAAAACAAGUCUAUUGUACGCUGUUCAAGGUCGUACAGCCAUUAAAAAGAAUGGAGGAAAAAUAGUAUUGUGUUCAUCUACCGAAAACGUCGAUGAACAUCCACUGAAAACAUCAUUAUCAAAUGUAGUUGGCUAUGUACCGCAAGAAGAUGUUAUGCAUUCUGACUUAACUGUUUAUGAAACAAUCUAUUAUUCAGGAAAGGCGAGAAGAUCAAACGACGUUUCUGCUAAAAAACUUGCCGAGGACAUCAAUUUCAUUCUGGAUAAACUAGAUAUGACAAAGAAGACACAUGAAUUGAUUGAAAAAUUGUCAGGCGGUGAACGAAAACGUGUAAAUAUUGCUGUCGAGAUGAUUGCAUGUUCAAAAGUUUUACUCCUUGAUGAACCGACAUCGGGUCUUGAUAGUGUUAUUUGUGAUCGAUUAUUCGAUCUGUUAGAUACUAUAAAAUUGAAUCAAUUGUGUCACGUAAACAUUAUAAUGAUAAUUCAUCAGCCAAGUGCUGAAUUAUUCGAAAGAAUUGAUCAUCUCAUACUGUUAACGCCUGGUUGUUAUUUGGCUUAUCAAGGUGAACGCCAUCAAGCUUUUGCCCAUCUCAGGGAUCCGAUCGAUAAAGGAGAAAUUAAUCUGGAGCCCAAAGAUAAAGACAAAAUAUUCAAGUCGCAAAACGAGUGUGAUAAAUGUAUGUAUGCAUUACGCUUUUAUCCUGAGAAAAAUGGGCCAAAUAAAAUUAAGAGUGUAAAGCCGGCGAAACAUCCUCCAUUAUUCGAAAGAAAAUGUUCACCAUUGAAACCGAUGUUUUAUCUAAUGCAUCGCUCUUUCGUUCAAAUGUGUAAACGAAAUUAUGCCGUUGAAGCAAUAUAUGCUCUGUCAUUUUUUAUUCUCGGCUUGAUCAUCGGCCAACUGUUUUCAAAACAAAGUCAAUCCUGUGAUAUCUCAUCUCUUACUACCAUUUAUUUUAUAAUUAGUCUUAGUUUCGGUAUAGCUGUUUGUGUUGCAAGUCUCCGUCUAUUCGGAGUAGAAAUGGUUGAUAAAACGUUUAUACGUGAAUCACGUAAUUACUAUCAUCCGUUUCAAUACUGGCUGACAAAAUCAUUAUUAAGUUCAAUUCACUUAGUACUUUAUCCUUUAUUAUUUACAUCCAUGUUAUACAUUGAAAUUCAGCCUCGUGCUACUUUUAAUGAAUACUACAGUGUCAUAUUAGUGACGGGAUUUGCCUGCAUGGGCAUUGGUCAAUUUCUCUCAGUUUUGUGUCCCCGAACAGAACAAUCGUAUUUAGCUGCAGCUCUAAUCGCUUUAAUAUCAUGCUUAAUAUCUGGUUUUAGUCCAACAAAAGCAGGAAAAUUAAAUGGUGUGGUUUAUAUUUCAUUUUCUCGACAUACUCAACGUCAAUUGUUUAUAUACGAUACAAACUCAUAUCUGAACAGUGAUACUCCUACGGAGCUGAAUUUGUGGAGUACAAAAAUCGAACAGUAUCGUGCCUACUAUUCGUUUGGCGAUGACGAAUCAUCAAUUGGAGGCCUGGUUGCAAUAGGGAUCAUAUUUCGGAUACUAACAAUCAUUUUCCUGUAUGGACGAUCCGAAUACAGAUCAAUUAUUCGAUUCAAAUUUUCAAAACUCUUUCGUAGUUAUCAAGCUCGUUGA